AUGAAGUUUCUCAGCGCUGCCUCCACGGCCGCCCUAGCUGGCCUCCUAUUACUGGUGCCUACUGCGCAUGGAGCAUCGUAUUUCAAAUGUAGUGAAGACCAGAAUUUCGCCAUAUCCGCACUUGAUAGAUUGAUUCAUUACUGUGACGUAAAUAUAGCGAAAUCUGGCGAUCCAGUAGGUCCCGACGGCAAAGCAUGCAAGACAAAUCGAUGGCGCCAGUUCACGCCAAGAGGAAGCAGCGUAGAAUACAUCCUUCAAUUAAUUGAUAUAGCUCCAUUCUUCCGAAUCUAUGAAAAGUCCUAUGAGGAUUACCGUUUGAACCCCGCUGGGACCUGGGAACUAUGUCCUUACCAUAAUGAUACUUAA